AAAACGCUCCCAGCCAGACGAAGAAAAACGUUCGCGAGCUAACGUUGUCUUCCCCGGCAGGGCUAAAUUUCAAGACUCAAGGGAUGGUCGGUAACGCUGACGACGUCACUCCGAGUCAGGCAAUCCCUCCAUUUCUCGUAUCUGGCAGCGCCAACACCCUGGCCGCGCAACCAGCAAAAAAUUCCGAUUCAUUAGUAGCAGCCACCAAGUUAGCGUCGUAUACUGACGCCCUGUGCGAGGGGGCGUUUUGGGAUGAUAUGCGCGUCUCGAAUGAGCUCGGCGGCCAUGGCUCGUCGGACGCGGUGGGCGAACUGGAGGACAUUAUUCUCCGCGCCGCUUCCUCCUCUGCGGUUCCGGAAAAUAGCCUAGCGGUCCCGUCAUGGUCGCUAGACGCCGUCGUUCCAGGCCCUUCUUUUUCAGCCGUAGUGGGUGACGGAUUUUCUCACGCGGCCCAAGCCGCUUCGGCCGCAGGAUCCCUGCCGCAAAAUGCGCCGCAGAACGCGGCGGCGGCGCCGCAGCAGAUUCACCAGGGAUGGCCGAAUGGCGGCGCAUGGACGAGCAGCGCGCGCGAGGAUCAGGCAGGAAACGGGUGGGCGGCAGACUUCCAGGAUCCCCGGCACCAAAACGCUAACAUUAUCACCGAGAUGGAUCAUUUUAAUGAUGACGUCACUGAAUCUGGAGCACAGCAAUGGCCGGCUGCUGCCGCUUCCGCUCUUUCCAAAGGCAUAGCACCCACAGCGCGUUGGGGCGGUGACGUUUCUCGGGGUUUAGAAUGGUCAGACGACGCCGCACCUGACGCCGCCGCGGCUAGUAACGCCGCCGUAAACGCCGCCGCUAACACCGCCGCAAUCUACGGUGUCAGCCACGGCCGCCUCCCGUCCCUCCUCCGCUCCCUUGCCGCCCACCAGCAGGCCGUUGAGGCCCUCGCGCCGCUCUUAAGCGAACCGCGCGCACUGCUUCCCACAGGGGAGGCGGAAGGGAGCGCAGGGGGAGGCGGCGUGCGCGGAUGGCGCAGUUCCGACGGCCCAGCCUUUGCACAGCAGCUUACCUCGAACCUCGCGCCUCCUGGGCCGGAUUUUCCUGCGCCCGUGAUGGGCGGCGCCUCUGGCGGCGGCACUGGCGGCGGCAAUCAUGCUGCUCUGCUAAAUUACCACAACUCUAGCGACUGGAGGCCCUCCGGGGGCCUCUGCGCCCCGCUCCCCCUUGCGCCAAAUCCGACAGUCUUCCAUCCUGGGAGAGCAGAGGCUUCUACCGCCGCCGCCGCUGCUGCACCCGCCGCAUUUCCCUCCUCCUCCUCCGCCUCCUCCUCUGCGCAUCUCGCUGCUACUGUCGCCGCCGAAUCUCUCGCGCGGGAGCGGCAGGGGGGCGGGUUAGAGGCAGGCGGCGGAAUGCAAUCCGAACAGGCGCAUAAUCCAGGUGCCAUCAGCGCGCUCGCGUCUAUCCUAGUUGCUGCAGCCGCCGCGGUUAAAGCUGGGCCGCAAGGUGGGGAAUGGGGGGGCCCGCAGGCGGGGAUGGGUGACGCUGGCAGCGGGGGCAUGGCUGGUGGUGUUGGUGCCGUGGGAAUGGGUGAAGAGUGGGGCAAUGCGGUGAGAUGCGAUGACGAGGAGGAGGAGGAGGAGGAGGAGGAGGAGGAGGAGGAGCAUGGUGAUGGGAUGCUGGCAAGGCGAAACACCGCCGCCAGUGGCACAGGUGGUCUGGGCGGCCCUGAUUGCCGCCCCCUUGCAGCCGCCACCGCCGCGAAACGAUUUCGCAGAAGCACCAGCGGCACCAGCGUACCCCAGCCCAUGCAGCAGCGAUUCCACGAGGACGCUGCUGCAGCUGUUAGUGCAGUCUUGCCUCUUGGAGCUCAGCUCCCGCCGGGCCUACAGCAGCAGCUGCAGCAGCUACGGCAGCAGUACAGCAACCUCAGCGGCAGUGAGCCCCCCUCGACGCAUCACCGCCAGAAAGGCGGUUCUGCAGCUGCUGCUGGUGCAGUCUUGCCGCUUGGAGCGGAGCUCCCGCCGGGGCUACAGCAGCAGCUGCAGCGGCAGUACAGCAGCCUCAGCGGCAGCGUGAGCGGCAGCGGCGGCGGAGGCGGUGGUGCGAGCGGCGGGGAUGAGCGUACCCGGAAUAACUCCGAGCCAUUGAAGUCUGCGCCACUGCCCCUGCCACAGCACACGCAACUUGGCUCCGAUGUCCCCUCGCCCCUCGCCUCCUCGCCGCCUGCCGCCACUCCCUGUCACCCUCCGCGUCGGUCCUCUGUGGUCCCCAGCGCCUCCCCCCCAUCUUGGAGUGCAGGAGCGAUGGCAGCCGAUCUAGCUGCUGGCCGAGUGAUGCAAGAGGUGUGGCUAGUGCAACCCUCCCAAAUGACGCAACCCUCCCACCUGCGGCGAUCCCCACAGCUUCGAGCAGUGGAUGCAGCAGCUGAGGAGGGCAGGAGACGGCAAGGGGAGGCCCGGAAAGGGGAGACCCGGAAACGCUCCCGGGGAGGCGAGAGUGGAGGGAGGGGUGCGGGGAGGAGGCAGCACGGGGCGAAUGAAGGGGCGGGUGAUGGGGCGCAUGAGGAGAGGGCGAGAGAAUGGGAUGUGGCAGGGACUGGUAACAUCGUGGGAGGCCUUGGGGAGGGGGAGACUGCGGAUGGAACGGGGUCGCAGGGAAGAGUGUCGGGCGCUUGUCUUGCCGCCAGGCGACGGCGGGAGCGCAUAGCGAGUCAGAUGCGCACGCUGCAGCGGCUGGUGCCAGGGAGCAGUCGGGUGGACACCGUCUCAGUGCUCUCUGAUACCAUUCGUUUCCUCUGCAGCCUCAUGCACCAAAUACAGUCACUCGGAGCAGAGCCCGAGGGCUAUUCCACCACUGAGGCGGCAGAAGCAGCAGCAGCAGAGGUGCUACGGCUGCGUCAGGCGGGCGUGAUAGCAAACCCCCCCACGGUGAACCCUAGGGCUUCUCCAGAGGGUGUGGUAGCAGCAGGCGGGGGAGUAGCAAACCCCGGGCCCCCUCAAGGCAGCACACCCACUCCCUCGCACCGAGCCUCCCAGUUGCCCCCACCUAUCGCCUCCACAUCACCAGCUUUGGAAGGCACAGUGGCUGGUGGUGAUGCUGCUGAUGCUGCUGCUGGCGGUGCUAAUGAUUGCGAGGAUGGCGGGUCACUGGGACAGUAAUUGCACCCACCCACUGCCUCAAGGAUAUGCUUGGAAGAUGUUUGGAUCAGAUGGUGCUUGUACACAGCGACACUUAGGAUUCUCUCAUUCUUUUGAUGACGCGCGAUUGAUUCUACAUAGCCAUGCCCAUUGCGU